AUGAUGAAGUUUGACUUCAUCAGGUCUCAGAGUAUAAGCCAUAAAAGACGGGACGACGACGCUGAUUCAUGUUCCAGGUUGCGAGCGCUGCUGGUUGUAUUUUUCGUCCCCUCGAUGCAGAUGCGCGGUUGAGUUGUGGCCACGAAACGCCGGCCAAGUAAGAGCCGAUGCCCGCCGAAUCUAGCAAGGUAUUCCCCUCCGACCGCCAGCAGUAGCAAAGACACGCAUCGGUUUUCACAUAAAAGCGUGGGUUUGAUUGGUGCUUUUCUUGCUCGGAAUGCAGUCGUCUCUCCAACGACUGAAUGAAUACCUGAUGAGAGACGAAAUCACACUUGGUUCUGCUAUCAACCUUGACGGCCUACAAAUUAGAUUCAGGUCUCUCAUAGCACUAGUUGAGGUGUCUUGGGAUACACCACCUCUAGCGCUGCCACAGCAGACAGACACUGAGUUGCGGUUGCAUCUGCCAGUUGAAUACCUCACCCAGCGCAAGUCUCUCAAGUCAGCCGAGCGCCAGCCUUCCUAUACAAACAAUAGAAUUGCAGAUGCGAUGCAUUUCUCAGCUGUACGGGCACUCUUUCUGAAUGGCGGGUGCCCUUGGGGCAACCCCGCCAACAGCGAACGAGCGGGCGUGUCCGGACUCGGAACGCUAACACAUCGGCCCUCUGGCGCAACGGUAGCGCGUUCGACUCCAGAUCGAAAGGUUAUCCGUUCAAAUCGGGUGGGGGUCAACUUUUUGGUGCCUGUGAAAUCAUUCAGGCUUCUUUAUCGAUUGGUGAUGAUUCGUGGUGUUGAGAUCGGUUGGUGAUGAUAUGUGAAUUCUGGCAGCAACGCUGCACGAGAGGGUGACCACCUGGUUGAGGCUGCUCGCGCCUGCCUAGACACGCGC